AUGUACCGCGACUCCCACUUCCAGAGCCACCACAUGCUGCGCUCGCACCACGUGCUCUAUCUCGACUGGAACAACGACGUCUUCACCGCGCCUGACCAGCCGGUCUCCAACGCCCCGCGUGCGGGCUCCUCCGCCCUGCCCAUCAACCCCUUCUGGGACUACUUCCACGACGACGACGACUGGGACCGCUUCCACCCGCUGCAGGUCGACUGCUCCGGUCAGCUGACCGCCAUGCCGCCGCUGGUCCCCACGCCUACCGCCCUGGGCUCGCUCUUCGCACCGCGCCGCGCCGAGCUCGGCGCCUGGCGCGACACCGGCGACCUCACGUCAGCUGACCUUGCCGACCGCGACCCCGACGCUCAAGCCCAGGGCCAGGGCCCCGACGCGUGA